ACAAUAACAAUAGUAGCAGUAGUAUUUAAAUCCCUGUUACGAUUAUCAACUGUGAUAUACAUAUGGAUGGGAGUCCACAAUAUACAUUUACAAGGAGCAACAGUUCGUCGAGUCUAAUUGUCACGUUUGAUUCUCAACAAAACGACAAUUUUAUCAUUGUUUAUCGUAAUAACUUAUAAUCUAUAGUUUUUAGUUAAUUCCUUGUGAAAUAUGAAUUUUUAGUACCGUAUAGUCGUAACGCAAAAGAACUUUCAUUUAUUUUAAAAAAAUAAUAAAAAACAGUGCUGUACAAUUUUAAUUUGCCUCGUCACUUUGUUACGUGCCUUGUUAGAGAAAACUAAAACCAGAGAAAAAAAUCUAAUUAAUAAAUAAGUAUCAAAGUGCAAAGAGAUCGUUAUAAAUAUAUGGGAUGGUGCAUGUCGGUGGAAUGGCCCCGUCCCUCGGGUCGACCACCGGCGGUCUACCAAAGAGUCCAAGUUUUCAUCAGGGUUUAGCGUUUGCAACGGUAUUACCGCACGAGAUUAAUAAGCAAGGACCUUCGGCAUCCGCGCUUCAUUAUCAGCCCCUACAACCAUUAUUGAUCGAAGCGCAGCAGGGCAACGAAAGGGAGGAACUGUUUAUCCAGAAGCUGAGACAGUGCUGCGUACUCUUUGACUUCGAGGCAGAUCCAUUAUCGGAUUUAAAAUGGAAGGAGGUGAAACGAGGCGCGCUGCACGAGAUGGUAGAAUACGUUACAAAAAACAGAAAUGUUAUCACCGAAGCCAUAUAUCCGGAGGCUGUGAACAUGUUUGCAGUGAACCUUUUCCGGACAUUGCCGCCAUCGUCGAACCCGAAUGGAGCAGAAUUCGACCCCGAGGAAGAUGAGCCGACCCUGGAAGCAGCCUGGCCGCAUUUGCAAUUGGUCUACGAAUUUUUCCUACGGUUGUUAGAGUCGCAGGACUUUCAACCCAACAUUGCUAAGCGGUACAUCGACCACAAGUUUGUUUUACAACUGUUGGAAUUGUUUGACUCGGAGGAUCCAAGGGAGAGGGACUUUCUCAAAACUACACUUCAUAGAAUUUAUGGAAAGUUUCUCGGAUUGAGGGCUUACAUAAGAAAACAAAUAAACAAUGUUUUCUACAGAUUCAUAUACGAGACGGAACAUCAUAAUGGUAUAGCCGAAUUGCUGGAAAUAUUGGGGAGCAUUAUCAACGGCUUUGCGCUGCCGCUGAAAGAGGAACACAAGGUGUUUUUACUGAAGGUAUUGCUGCCGUUGCACAAGGCAAAAUCUUUGUCUGUCUAUCAUCCGCAGCUCGCUUACUGCGUCGUUCAGUUUUUGGAGAAGGACGCGUCUCUAACGGAGCCCGUUAUUAGAAAUCUGUUGAAAUUUUGGCCAAAGACACAUUCCCCCAAAGAAGUGAUGUUCCUCAACGAACUUGAGGAGAUUCUCGACGUGAUCGAGCCUGCCGAGUUCCAAAAAGUAAUGGACCCUCUGUUCAGGCAGCUCGCCAAGUGCGUCUCGUCGCCGCACUUUCAGGUGGCCGAAAGAGCUCUCUACUACUGGAAUAAUGAGUACAUAAUGUCACUAAUAUCGGACAAUUAUUCCGUCAUAUUGCCGAUAAUGUAUCCGGCAUUGUACAGAAAUUCCCGCAAUCACUGGAACAAAACGAUCCACGGACUGAUAUACAACGCUCUGAAACUAUUUAUGGAAAUGAAUCAGAAAGUAUUCGACGAAUGCACCCAGCAGUACUAUCAGGAUCGUCAGAAGGAGCGCAAGGUAUUGAAAGAUAGGAACGAGGCGUGGGUCAGAGUCGAAGCGCUGGCAAUGAGACAUCCUGGAUAUUCGUCGACCAACAUAGACACGAAUUACCCGUACACGUUGCCACCCGACGACGACGCCGACGCGGAUCAAACGCCGUUGAUAUUCGAAAAGCCAAAAGCCAAAUUCACGGAGGUGAGAGGCGUUCCAGUUUCAAGUCCUUUCGACGCCGAAAAAGCACUGACGACGGCGGACCAACCAGUUAAGAUGAAGGGGCUACUGCGGAGGAAGAGCGAGCUGCCCCAGGAUUCUUACACGAUGAGAGCUCUUUCGGAUCACAAACGCGCGGACGAAUACCUCGUCACGCCACCGGAUCCAAACAAAUGCUAGUCCUUACCCCGCACCCAGGCGUGCAAACACACACCUAUGCUAAUGCCAACCCAAACAUAAACAUACACAUAAACACGUACAUACACAUACAUCCUACCAUUAUUAUACUUUCGUUGCUGCAACAAGUCCAGAAAUUAGCUUCAGGCCGCGCGUACGGCGAUUACAGAUAUUAUUAUUCAAUAUUAUACAUAUGUUUACUUCUGCUACUAGGUACUAGUGCGUAAAUACACACAUACGUAUAUGUAUACAUACAUACAUACAUACAUUCAUACACGCAUGCCCCACACACCGACGCUGCGCGCGCGCGCGCACGCAUACAUACAUACGUAAAUAACUAUCAAUAUUGCUACUAGCCACGUAAAUUUCGCGCGAUUAUUUUCCUUUCGUGAAAUUAAGUUAUUCGAUUGAACGAAACAAAGCCAAACAACCAAACUAAAAAAAAGAAAGAAAAAAAACAAUGUAUUUCAUACAACGAUCGGGUGUUACCUUCAUUCAAUUGGGUUUUUUUUUAUUUUAUUUUUUUUUUUU